UUACAAUAAAAACAGCGUUUUCCUGGAACGUCUUCUUAGCAUAAGUACACAUAAUUCCGUUUUUAGCUGCAACACGUGAAGGCAUCGGGGCUCGCGGUGCUGGACUCGGACUCCGGGCCGUGGGAAGAAGGGGGCACUGUUGUCACUCACCGCGGCUGUACGUCGGGCUUUUGUCCAAGAGAAAUGGCCGGGAUUAAAGCUCUCAUCAGCCUGUCCUUCGGAGGGGCCAUUGGCCUCAUGUUCCUCAUGCUCGGAUGUGCCCUCCCCGUGUACGACAAAUACUGGCCACUGUUCCUCCUCUUCUUCUACAUCCUCUCUCCCAUCCCUUACUGCAUCUCGCGGAGGGUGGUGGACGACACAGACUCGGCCAGUAACGCCUGCAGAGAGCUGGCCAUCUUCCUCACGACGGGCAUCGUCAUCUCAGCCUUCGGUCUGCCCAUAGUCUUCGCCAGAGCUGAAGUUAUCGAAUGGGGGGCGUGUGCGCUCGUGCUAACAGGUAACCUAGUCAUCUUCGGGACCAUCCUGGGCUUCUUCCUCAUCUUCGGAUCCAACGACGACUUCAGCUGGCAGCAGUGGUAAAGCAGCAGAGGGAGAGAACACCUUAGUCUGAACUGUUUUUAUUAGCGUUAUUAUUAUGAUUAUUAUGGUAUUGCUGUUUGGUUAUUGUUGUUGCUAUUUAUAUGACGACCACCACCACCACCCAUCAAUAGACUCACUCCAAACCAGUGCAAUACAUUGUUCUUUUUAUUUGAUUUUUUUUUAAUCUUUAUUUCUACUGCCUGCAUUUUGUUAAACUGACAUUAGUGGGAUGAAAACUACUGAUCCUCAGCUGGACUUUUCCUCAUUUUGAGUCUUGCUUAUUUGACGUCUGUGUUAGUGAGCUUCUAUUAUGAGCAUUGAAAUGAACAAAAAAUCCAAUCAAAACAUGUGAUCUGACUAAAAGGACAGGGCUAAUAUGGCUUUCUUCUUCCUGAUGAUUUGAUGCUCUCAAAAUGCUGUGAAGAAGCUUUUCUGACGUGUAGAGCUCAGAUGUUAGACGUGAAAGUUAAUCAGCAGGAAACUGAUGUUAAGUCUUAGACUUAGUCUCUUUUAUGAAAAAGCUCCCUCUUCGUUGGACACGGACUUCAUAGCCUGGAUGUGUCUGUCGAAAGUGUACAAAUUCAGCUGGUAGAGUGUAGAUUUUUGUUCUCUCAACGCUACGAGCACUAAGCUGUGAAACUUGGCAAACAAGCCGGUGUGUGUGUGUGUGUGUGUGUGAAAGAACUGCCAUCAGCCAUGCACGUCUUUUAGACCCCUUCAAAUGUGUAAAUGUAAUUUAAAUCUGCUAUAUUUCCAGAGAUGUGACCUUUCUUUCUCACUCUCAUUGCAUAAAAAGGAUAAAAAGUGUUAGUUUUCGCUGUCACUUCAGAGGUUUUUUUUUGUCGGGCCUCUGGGAUGCAGGCAGCAUAUUCUCUGUUAUUUCUUCUGUACAUCUGAUAGUUGGGGUUAGCCUUGCACUGUCAGGUCAAGAAAGCAUUAAAGGUUUGUAGUAGCUGCCAGGCUAGCACGGGAUUAGCCCGAGGACAGCAGCCAAGCUAAAGUAAGAGCCGGGGCUGCUUAUAAAAAAAGGCCCGGUCAGCUGCUAACAAGCCUUAAGCUUGUAAAUGUGACUACUAGUCUGCUCUGACUCUUUCAAAGUAAGAGUCCACAGUUCGUUAAACACAUAAGUUCCAGAUCGAUCGAUUGCUCGCGCCGCCGUGUUUCGUCACACCAGCAUUUCCAGGGU